UCACACUUGGAUAAACAGGCCCAUGUCCGCGGCAAAAUGAGCGUUGAAUUUUGUUAGAAACGUGAAAAUGGAGCAGUGGCUCCCCCUCUUCGAAAUCUUACUCGACUCACCCUCUCCAGAGGGGGAAGCCUCCUUUUGGCUCUUCGAACAAAACCACCUGCUCCAUUCUUCUCCUUGCUCCGCCUUCCUCUCGCUCCUCCUCUCGCCUUUCCCACCUGUAUCUUCUCUCCCCACUUCUUCUUCCUCUCCAACCUCUCGCAUUUGGCUCCAAACCCUUCCUUUUCCAAUCCAAACCAGCAUUCUGUCAAUCCUCACCGCCGAAAGCCACCGAUUCUGCCCUCACAGCCUUCGAUCCCUCGCAUCCCACAUACUCAAUUCUGAUCUCCCUUCUUCAUCUGACCACCCUGCUUUCUGGGUCCGGCGUUCUGCACAAAACUUGUUCGACACUUUGCCUGACCGUUUUAUUGAAUCAGAGCAACGGGUAAAAGAUAUUGAGUUCGAUACUUUGCCUCAUUGGCUUGAAGAUGUAGCCAAAACCAGCACUCCUCUUCUCCCCUGGCUUCCUGUCAAUGUAAACUUCCUUCAAAAAGCUGCCUGCUUUGAGUUGGCAAAGAAAACCGGAAACAAGGAACUGGUUAACAGGAACGGAAAAAUCGAAGCUCUAUCGGAAUCAAGAGUCAGUGAUACUUCUCCGCCUCCCUUUCACCCUCAGUCCUACGAAAAGGCUGUUGCUUUGAGAGUUGAAAUCUUGGCUUCAAACUCCACGAUGGACUCCCUGCAGUUGGCUGAUAAAAUUAGGCAACUUUGCUUGGAAUCUGGAGCAGGAAAUGAGCACAAGGUAUUGGAAUUGAUUGAACCAUGGGAGGUAAACGAUGAGACCUUAUCUGUUUUGCUAUUGAAUCUUGUUAGUGAUGGUGGCUUGUUCUCGAAAACCUGGCCAAGUUAUGUUCUAUGCUCCAUGGCCCUUCCCAAGCUGCUUGCUUUGCAAACUCCGGCUUCUCGCGCUCUGCUUUCGGCCACCAUUUUAUCUUGCAAGCAGCACCAGACUGCGGCAGUGGAAGCUCUUAUUUUCCCUCUUCUGCUUCACAGGGAUGGGAUCAAUGCUGUGCUCUGUGAUGUGCUUGUGAGGAUAGUCAAAGAAUGUUUUCACCCAUCUCAUGUUUCAGCCUUCUGUCAGAGAUUACUUUGUGGGGGAGGAAAGGGCUGGAGGCAUAUUCUGUUACCUUGUCACCAUGGCUUGAUAUCAGAGCAAGUGGUCUGGACUGAGUCAUCAUUCAAUCUGUUCCAGAAUAUCAUGAAUCUGGAAGUUUACUUCACUCCGGAUACAAAUGAUCAGCUUGUUUCUGUUAUUGUUGACAUGGCAAGUAAGUUCUCAAAGUCGCUAAAGUUUGGCAACUUCUUGUUAUGUUUUGUGACAAAAUGCAGCUAUGCUGUAAGCGCUCAUAAGGUUCAGCUAAGAGAUGCUGCUGAGAAGACAAGUACUUUGGUGACCAAAUCAAUUCUCUUGAGAUUGAAUGCUUAGUGAAAACUCAUAGGUAAUUAUCUAUGCAGUAAUGAAGAAAUCAAUUGCAGCAUUGUUGCCCAACCUUAGCUUAAAAGAACAAAUGAGGGUGCAAGACAAACAAAGAAUGGAACAAGGCAAGGAAUUGAAAGAAGUCUUUGUGUUGAUGUGGGAAUUUACAUUCAAAAAAUUUUAGUCAUGAUAUGCUAAGUGAAUUUUUCUUUGGAUUUAUGAAAUUAUUUUAAAGUUUUCUUUAGUUAUGAAUUUUAGUUGAGUUUUGAUUGAAGUUAUGCUUUUACUACUUUUUCAAAUUUAUUCAGGAAUUUAUAGUGG